CAGAAAUAAAUCUGGCAACCACUCUGCAACUCGGAUCUGGAAAGCAGUGCUUUGCUGACAGAGAUCACACCAUUGUGAAAGGAAACUAAAAUGUCAAUUAUUAGAAGAAUUAACCAAGGCCUGCUUUUACUAGUCAUUGUGACAUUUUGUGUGGUUCUAUAUAACAAAUUUCACAACUUGUCAUCACAUCAGACAGUACAGUCAGAUAACUCUCCAGCUGUCCAUAACCCAAUCCAUACAUUCAAACAGAGGAAGUCUUCUUCAGAAGAUCUUAUUCCUAUUAUAAUAUGUGCUGCAGAAGAGCGAAUGGGAGGUACUAUAGCUACAAUCAACAGCAUCUACAGCAACACUAAUGCCAGGAUAUUUUUCUAUAUAAUCGCACUUAGUGACUCUCUUCUUCAUAUCAGAAAAUGGAUUGAAAAUACCAAACUGAAACAUAUCCAGUACAAAAUACUGGAAUUCAAUCCUGCUGUACUGAAAGGGAAGAUCAGACCUGACUCUGCCAGACCAGAGUUACUGCAGCCGCUAAACUUUGUCCGAUAUUUUAUUCCACUUCUUAUUCAUAAUCAUGAAAAAGUGAUAUACUUGGAUGACGAUGUUAUUAUACAAGGUGAUGUCCAGGAUUUGUAUGAGUCCAUCCUACACCCAGGCCACGCUGCUGCCUUCUCAAUGGAUUGUGAUAUGACCUCUACCCACGAGAUGGUUAGGAGUAUGGGAAUGCAGAACACGUAUAUGGGACAUCUGGACUACAGAAGGGCAACAGUCAGAGAUUUGGGGAUAAAUCCUACCACGUGCUCCUUUAAUGUUGGUGUGUUUGUUGCAAAUGUGACUGAAUGGAAACGACAACGCAUUACUAAGCAGUUGGAAAAAUGGCUGCUAUUAAACGUAGAGGAGAACCUGUACAACAGUGCAUUGGCUGGAGGUGUGGUCACGCCCCCUAUGUUAGUAGUGUUUCAUAGGAAACACUCCUCUUUGAACCCUUUAUGGCAUAUUAGACACCUUGGGUGGAGUCCUGAUACAAGAUACUCAGAACGAUUCCUUUCUGAAGCAAAACUGCUGCAUUGGAAUGGACGAUUUAAACCCUGGGAUUAUCCUGCUGCACACAUGGAAUUAUGGGAAAGGUGGUAUCUUCCUGAUCCAACAGAAACAUUUCGGCUUGUCCGACCCAACAUCUAACACUCACAGUAUAAACCUAGGUUUGGAAGACUUCAUAUAUUCUUCAAAUUCAACACGCUUUA